AUGGGCGCCUUGCAUAAGAACUGGAGACGGCCGGCAAAUCGGCUGCCAACCAUCGUCGUGCCGCGCCCGGGCAAUGCUGGACCUGAACGGAACGGUGCGAGGCGGACAGCCAUGAUCGACGCCUUCGAACCGGGGCGGGGGCGGACCAAGGCCAGCUUUCAACUGGACCUGGAUGUUUACCAAGCAUCUCUCUAUUGUCUCCUUUUUGGUCGGGGGCAGGAGAACGGAGUGCACGGCAGGGGUCCAGAUCCCAUCUCGGACGGAUCACGCGAGACUGCGUUGUUGCUUGGGGACGAGAGGCGACAGCAGACGGCCCCGAUCGCGAUUCUCAUGCAGCCCAGAAGCGAGGCCCGGCGCAAAAACGAGGGGCGGGGCUCGUCGAUGGGCUAUCUCCUUUUCAUUGCUCAUUUCUUUCUUUGGGAUGUUGUUCGCAUCGGACCCCCCUAUUCAUUCACCUCUCGCUCCCUUUUGAGUUUGUGUGGCUCGCGUCGGCUGCAGUAUGUCGAAUGUCCGACCUGCAUCGCGUUUGCUUCGUCCUUCCGUCCAGCCCGGCCGGUCCAGUACUAGCGCCCGUGCAGAGUUCGGGAACCAAAUGAAAUUGCCGCUCACCUAUUGGCCGAUAAGACAGAUAUCGCAACGCGUCCGUGGAUGCGACCAGGUUCUGCAUGGGGGCUUCAACUUGUGUGGAGGGCUCUAAACCCAGCUCUCCAGCGGGAUGAGCCCAUUCCACACGCCACCCCCGAUCGCACGCGCCGCGCGCGAACAGACCGGACCCAGCGAGCUGGGGUGGAUGGCGAUUGGAGGUUAUGGGCAGUCUGGGGAGGGGCGGAGGGGGUGUUGGGGGGUGCGGCACCAAUGGGUGCCACGGUUGGUCUGAUCCUGGUCACUGGGACGACUCAAAAGCGGACUAUCCGGAGGCUAAGUCGUUCGAGCCGUAGUACGGAGUACGCCGUUACUCCGUCGGAAUAG